GCUCCGAGCUCCCGGCCUCCAACCUUGGAGGGCUCACGACGGGGGUUCGAGACCCACCGAGGCCGGCGCGCGCCGCACCCGGCGAGGCACUUCUCCGUCCCGGCUUCCCAACCGACCCACGAGCGCUUCGUUGGGGAGGCUGGUGGCUGGGCCGAGAAACGAAUCCUCAGCUUUGAGAGAAGAAAGCGAGCCCGGCACUUUCCACUCUAGCCUUCGGGUCACCUCUAGGAGGUGUGGUGGUGAACACAAGGGUGCUGUGGCUGCCAACAAGAAUUGCCCCUGCAUUCCUGCUGGUGUUUAGUAUAUACUGAUGUAUUGUUUAAGAUGGCGUCCGAGACUGAGAAGACUCGUGCUCUACUGCAGGCUUGUAGCACUGAAUCUAUUGUUUGCAGCAUUGGUCUGGGCACAUUUUGCCUAGUGGCUGACAAACUUCUUCAACUUCCCCUAAUUCAGCAAAGUGACUGGCUUCGUGCACUCUCAGACAACGCAGUGCAUGGCGUGAUUGGCAUGUGGUCAUGGGCAAUAAUCAUUGGAGUCAAGAAGAAGGCUGACUUGGGAGAAGUCAUUUUAGCUGGAUUUUUAGCCUCUAUUAUUGAUGUGGACCACUUUUUUCAAGCUAGAUCUCUUUCUUUAAAGGCUGCUUUGACUCUGCCACGAAGGCCUUUCCUUCACUGCUCUACUAUGAUCCCCAUCAUGGUUCUGACUUUGAAGCUUACCAUGUACCUUUUCAAGGUCAGAGACUGGUGGUGCUUUCUUCCCUGGAUGUUAUUUGUCUCCUGGACCUCACAUCAUAUCCGGGAUGCAAUUCGUCAUGGCUUGUGGAUAUGCCCAUUUGGAAAAACUUCUCCUUUGCCGUUCUGGUUUUAUGUAAUAACAACAUUAUCUUUACCUCAUAUAUGUUCACUUGGUAUGUAUUUAACAGGGGCCAGGCAAUUGAUGUCUUCCACACAAGGAACUCUCAUUCAUGUCUGAGGUAACCAUAGCUCUGAGAAAAGCAAAUGGCCCACGUGACAAUAGUGAGGUAUAGGCAACACUGAAGUGGCAUUUUAUAAACACAGACACUUACUUUGCUAAUUUAUUUUAUAAUUGCUGAGUCCACUUGCUCAGCAGGCAUGUAUAGUUGGUUUUAUUUUUAAUUAUACUUGUUACAGUUCUAACUUUUGUUGUAUAUGUCAUUCUGCUACAAUAGUUGUGUUUCAUUUAUUCCAUGAUAUAUUUUUAUUGCGGCUUGUGAUUAUCUGGGAUUACUAGUAGUUUUGCUAGUUAGUAGUAUUGAAGUAUAUCUGUAAGUCUGUUUAUUGAUGAAAAGCUUAAUUUGAGGAUGACUAGUUUAUGAAAGGUAAUUAUAUUUUGUUUCACAGUUUCUUG